ACAAUGCGCGCGAAACUCACUGUCGUGUUCUUAUGUCCUUUUGGUGGAGUUUCUGCAUUACAGUUGUUGCAGGCUACAAUGGAAGUUUGAUGUCUUUCAUGGCUCAUCCAGGAUAUAAUCAGGCUUUACAAACAGUGCCACAACUAGUCGAGGCCAUAAAAUACAAGCAAUUUGCAGUUGGAACUAUUCGUAAAUCUGCUGACUACACCAUAUUUAGGGACUCCGAAGAAGAAGAUCUUCAAGUGAUGCUUGAAUCAAUGGAAUCAAAUCCAAAUAAUAUGGUUCCCCACGAUGUGGAUGGUUUACGAGAAAGCCUCAUACGAGAUUAUGCUUACAUUGGUGGAGAAUUAACCGUAAAAGCAGACAUUUGGGACACGAGACUCUUCUUAUUUGGUCUAGAUUCCUUUCUUCAGUAUGGAUACGCAAUAGCUUUUGCUCCAGAUUUCGACAACAUCGAAAUAUUUAAUAGAAAAAUAUUGCAGCUCAGAGAAUCAGGUGUUGUAGACAAAUGGAUUGAAGAUAUUAUUGAAAAAAGUCAACUUCGAGGACUGUUCGAUGGAUCGGAAUCAGAAAUCAUCGACAGCGAAGAAUUAACUCACAUAUUACGAGUAGACGACGUUCAAGGUGCUUUUGCUCUAUUGUGUAUUGGAUAUGCUGUAGCUGGUGCGUCAUGCGUAAUUGAGGUGCAAGUUAAAAGAUAUAAGCAACGCAAAAAAAGAUCCAGAAAGAGAAAACAAGUAAUCAUGUACAAGUAG